AUGGCGCCCCCACUGGCAGACCAGCUGGACAUUGUCAUACCCACGAUCCGUAACUUGGAUUUCUUGGAGCAAUGGCGCCCCUUCUUCCAGCCCUACCACCUGAUUAUCGUCCAGGACGGCGACCCAACCAAGAAAAUCGACGUGCCCGAGGGUUUUGACUAUGAGCUGCACAAUAGGAACGACAUCGAGAAGCUUUUGGGGGACAAGGCCUGGUGCAUCAGCUUCAAGGACUCGGCCUGCCGCUGCUUCGGCUACAUGAUCAGCAAGAAGAAGUAUGUUUACACUAUCGACGACGACUGCUUCGUCGCCAAGAACCCUUCUGGCGAAGACAUCAAUGCGCUGGAGCAGCACAUCAAGAACCUGCUCAGCCCCUCCACUCCCGACUUCUUCAACACGCUGUACGAUCCAUACGCGCCGGGUGCCGACUUUGUGCGUGGCUACCCAUUCAGCAUGCGCGAGGGCAAGCUCACUGCGGUCAGCCACGGCCUGUGGCUCAACAUCCCCGACUAUGAUGCGCCCACCCAGAUGGUGAAGCCCAUGGAGCGCAACAAGCGCUACGUGGACGCCGUGAUGACCAUCCCCAAGGGCACUCUGUUCCCCAUGUGCGGCAUGAACCUGGCAUUUGAUCGCACCGCCAUCGGUCCCGCCAUGUACUUUGGCCUCAUGGGCGAGGGCCAGCCGUGGGGACGGUAUGAUGACAUGUGGGCAGGCUGGUGCGUUAAGAAGAUAUGUGACCACCUGGAUCUGGGCGUGAAGACUGGACUGCCGUACAUCUGGCACUCCAAGGCCUCCAACCCCUUUGUCAACCUGCGCAAGGAGUACAAGGGCAUCUUUUGGCAGGAAGAGAUCAUUCCAUUCUUUCAGAAUGUAACUCUCAGCUCUGAGAACAAAGACGUGUUCAGCUGCUACCUAGAGCUUGCAGAGAAGGUGCGCACAGGCCUUGGACAUUUGGACCCUUACUUCUCCAAGCUGGCAGAUGGGAUGAUUGCAUGGAUCGAGAGUUGGCAGAAGCUGAACCCCUAGCUGGCUCCGUUUGCCGCUGUCGCGGUUGGACAGGAGCUGUGCUCUGUCUAACGAUUCGUGAUGUCAACUUAUUCUCACAAUUUGAUUGGCUGUUAUGGUUGACAGGGACACAAGUUAGCAGAAGCGGUUGCUGUACCUGUCUCAAUGCACAGUACUCUGCAAAGCAACACAUUAAAAGAUACCGAUC